AUGCGCAAGACUGUCUUCGAUCGUUUGUUCCAUGGCGUCCUAUCCUAUGAUGACUACUUCAUCCUGAAGAAAGACGUUGUGGGGACGAUUGGGUUCUCUGGUUACCAUAAGUGCACGGCCACACUCCGGAUGCUUGCACAUGGCAUGGCCACUGAUUCAUGGGACGAGUACCUACGCAUGUCUGAUAGAACAUUCGGAGAUGCCAUGGUCAGUUUUGCAACUGUAGUGGUCGGGGUGUUUAGACCACGGUACCUGAGAGAACCAACUGUGGCAGACACGGAGAGGCUGUUGGCAAUCUCAGAAGCAAGAGGGUGGCCAGGUUUGCUUGGGUCUCUUGACUGCAUGCAUUGGAAAUGGGAGAACUGCCCGAAGGCUUUACAAGGGCAAUAUCGGGGUCAUGUUAAGAAGCCCACCAUAAUUCUUGAAGCAGUUGCACCACAAGAUCUUUGGAUUUGGCACGCUUUCUUUGGCAUGCCCGGGUCUCACAGCGGCAUCAAUGUGCUGCAGCGAUCACCGUUGUUUGCAAGGCUGACUGAAGGAAAAGCUCAUCCUUACCAAACUGUCAAUGGACAUGAGUACAACAUGAGCUACUAUCUGGUUGACGUUGUUCGUGGACCUGCUAAACAAUGGGAUCUGGAUACUUUGUGGGAGGUGAUGAAAUGUUGUGUUAUCAUGCACAACAUAAUCGUCGAGGAGGAGGGUGACCAUGCUGCCAAAGCUCUAGAAUUUGAGAACAUGGGUGAUCCUGUCCAACUUCUAGACCAGAAUCGGGCCACAUUUGAAGAGUUUAUUCGAAUGCAUCAACAAAUUCAGCAUCGACCAACUCACAAGCGGCUGAAGGAAGAUCUGAUUGAGCAUCAGUGA